AGUUUUAAACUAAUUACAACACUACAAAUAUAUUACAUUUAUUGAGAUAUGGCGGGAAUGUACUCAACACACAUGCAUCUGCCAAGAAUGGUGGACAUGAAAGAGAAGGUGGCAGAAUUUUGGCAGGAAGAAGCAGCUCUCUCAGGACCUAGGAAACAUACUUUGCAACCUAUUGUAACAGGUACAUCCGUGCUGGGUAUAAUGUGUACUGAUGGUGUGGUGAUUGCAGCUGACACUCUCGGGUCCUAUGGUUCUCUUGCCCGUUUUAGGGAUAUUAGCAGGUUGAUGAAAGUGAAUGAUAGUACCAUUAUUGGUGGAUUUGGAGACUAUGCAGACUUUCAGUUCAUAAUGAAGUUACUGGAACAGCAGACUAUUGAUGAUGAUGUUGUCGGUGAUGGAGUAUACAGAGAUGCACCCUCUAUACACAACUGGUUACGUUGUGUGUUAUAUAACAGAAGAAGUAAGAUGAACCCUCUGUGGAACACCAUAGUUGUGGCUGGCAGAGAUUACUCAGGUAAGCCCUACCUGGGAUACGUGGAUAAGAUCGGUGUCUCAUUUACAGAUAAAAGUGUAGCUACAGGCUUUGGCUCCUACAUUGCUCAACCAAUGAUGAGAAAAGCUAUGGAAGAGAAUCCUAAUAUGAAUGUUGAGGAAGGUAAAAGACUGAUGGCACGGUGUCUUAAGGUUCUCUUCUACCGAGAUUGUCGGUCCCUUAACAGAUUCCAAAUUGGAGUGGUCACUGGAGCGGACAGCUCAAUCUCAGAGCCAAUAUCUGCUGAAACAGACUGGAGUAUCGGAGCUAACCCUUCGGGAUACGAGUAAACCAAACAUUCCAAACGUUCCAAACCAAGCAUUCCUGUAGUUCAAGAGAGGGCUUCUGUCAGAAUAGUCACGUUUUUGUGACGAACCGCAGUUAUGUAAGCUCAUCAUGACCCACUUUCUGGAGACAUUUAAAAUAGCACCUUUUGUACGUGGAGGAAUAUUAUUUGUUAACGGGGUUUGGAUGGUGGACUAGAAUUUGUAGGUGCUGUCUAUUAUGUAAUCCUCCCUCCUUCUUGCAGUAUUGAUAAACUAACGUAGAGUUUUAUAAGAUUGUGGCUGGGACCAUGAAUGUUUCUUAUUUGAAAAUCAUGUAUUAUGUUAUAAUACUAUAUAUUGUAAAUCAA